CAGCCAUCACGGUCCCAGACACAGCGACUGAAGACGAUGUCAAGCAGUUGCUCGCGCUGGCUGAGAAGUUCGGUGACUCUAUUGCAGCUUCUCAGUAUAAGGUGUGGCUUGUAGCUAAGAAACCCAAGGAGAUCCCACCCAAGCCCCUGGAAAAGCAAACUGAGGAGGCGCGCCAGCGUGUGCAUUCCAUCGAGCGCCGCCUCAAGAAGGAGAUUGAUGAUGUCGCCAGGGCGAGGAAGUGGGUGUAUCAAUGCGAAGAAGCUAUGGCCAAACUCACUGCCGAGCUGUCCGAGGCCGACAAGGAGCACAAAGCCUUGGUCGAGCAGCUGCAUCAUGUGGUGUAUCCUGAUCCUCCUCGGUCUGUUGGCAAACUCUGCCUGCGCGACAUCCUCGACGGUAAGGAAGGGGCCCUCACCAUCGACCACGGUGAAGGCAUCCUCGGUCUCGACGCUAAGGAGUACGAGCUCUCAGCCGACGACCACAACCAGUUCGAGGCCAGGAAACGCGAGCUGGAGCAGAGUGUGGCCGCCAUCACGAAGCAACUGUUUGAGAAGGUUCAGCAGUCUGUGGACCAGAUCAAAGCCUCCCACCUCCAGCACAUGUCCAAGCUCCACAAGAGGAGCUUGGAGAUGCAGCGGAUGGAGUUCUUGAGGACUCCGCCAGUGGAGGAGGCAGUGCAGACAACAGCUCUUCUGGAGACCACGGGGGAGCUCAUGAGGCUGAUGCUGUCCCACAUCCUGACGUUCGGCA